AUGAGCGACCCCUACGCCGCCGCCGUCUCGCAGGCGUACGACCACACCGGACUCGUCGUCUCGCAAUCCGACGCGUACCCGCCCGUCCCAGUCUCGGUCGAACAGCCCUUCCACACCGGCUUGAUCGCCACUUCUCCUCCCUACUCCUCCUCGUAUUCCGCGACACUCGCCCCUCCUCCUCCUCCACCGCCGCAUCCGUCGUUCUUUCGCCAAGACUCGUACGCCUCGGGCGGGACGUCCUCUUCCUCCGGCUCCACUCUCUCCUCCACCCCAAGCGACUCGCUCUUCUACCCCGCUCAAGCAUCCUACGAGCCCUACCCCGCUCCCACACCUUACGCACCAACCUCUACGCCUUUCGUUUCCCCCACGCCGCCGACCGCGUCGCACCUACUCCAGCAGCACCAGGCGAACCAGCAGGCGUUCAGGCUGAGUCAGGCGAGUACUGCGCCGCUCGUCUACGGAAAGUACGCUGCGCCUGCGCCGGGAGGAGGGACGGGAGGGCCAGACUCGCCUUCGUCCUCGACGAACGACGCGACAGCCACUUCCUCCUCCCAAGCCGGGCCCUCCAAGUCUCCCAUCUCCUCCUCCUCAGCCCCAGGUCCCGGCCCAGAAACCGACUUUACCCAAACGUUCUACGACCCGUUCAAAGUCAAGCACCGUCGGCGCACCUCGGCGCAACAACUUAAAGUCCUCGAACACCACUUCGAGAUCAACCCCAAGCCGGAUCUGGCGCUCAGGAAGAAGUUGAGCGAGAUGUUGGAGAUGACGCCGAGGGAGGUGCAGGUUUGGUUCCAGAACCGCAGGGCAAAGGUCAAGAAGCUCAAAGAGCGAGCAGAGCGCGAAGCAGCCCUCUCAGCCGCGACCGCCGCCGCAUCCGCCACCGCCACCGCCUCGUCUUCCUCCCUAUCCUCCUCGGCCGACCAGCAACCGACGUACCAGCCUCUCCCCCCUCCUCCUCCGCCACCAGCGCACGGUUCACCCCAAGCACGAACGAUCUACGGCUCGGACGUCCUAGCCGCGCGGAGGGGAAGCUCACCCGCUAUGUUCUCGGGCCUUACCGCUCCCUCUUCCUCCUCCUCCGUCAGCCUCGACCCCUUCGUCCCUCACCCAACCUCUCAACCGUUCCUCCCUCUCCCUCCUCCACCAAACGGAUUCGCCCCCUCGGGAGCGGGAGCGAGCGCCUACCCGAGCCCGGUAUCGCUAGGCGUCCAAAGCGCGACCCCCUCGCCAAACGACUUUGUGCCGCUCGCAACGACAACGCAGGUUGCGGGUUGGGCAGUGCAGGGCGGGUACCUCGAUGCGGUUCCUUCGCAAUCGCACUCGCACGGCGCAGGAGGAGGAGGCGCAGGGAGGAGGUUCUCCCUCCCUGCCACGCACACAUCCUACCCUUUCCUCCCGCCUCCCUCGCACCCUCAUCCCUACGCCCCACCGCCACACGACUCGACCCCGCCGCAAGCACAAGCACAGGCGUACUACCCCUCCAUCCCCAUCCGCCCAGCUACCGCCGCACCAGCCCCAGCGACCGAUCCCUCCGUAUCGCCUUCCUCCGCUUCGAGUUUCAGCGGCGGAGGAGGAGGUGAGCAAGGAGUGUGGGGGGAUCCAGCGAGCCAAGUAUACGCAGUGGACCACCACCCGCAUCACCAGCAGCUCUACGCCCCUCCCCCUCCUCCUCCGCAACGAACGACUUACGCACCCGCGCCGGACCCGUCGCAGCAGGUUGGGUGGGCGGAUUACUCGCUCUCCCCGGCUCCGGCUCCGGCUCAGGCUCAGGUGGACGGGUAUGCGUACUCGGCUGGGAGAAGAGGGUCGACGGUGGCGGGGAUGGCGGUGAUCGCGGAACAUCAUCAGCCUCAGCCUCAGUUUGGAGAUGCGGUGGUGGGGAGACCGGCGUCGGGCGGGAGCGGAGAGGCGUAG